AUGGCGACUCCUACGCCCAUGAAGCAUGCACCCUCCCAGCAGGGCCGCACGCCCUCGCAGCUGGCCGCCGCGACGCCCCCGGUCUCGACGCCCUUCUCCAACCCUGCCCAAGCUGCCUUCUCGCCCCGGGGACCCAAGUCGUCGCCUCAGCAGGUCAGGAAGUCGCCGGCCACGUCGUCGACGCUCCUGGCACCCCCGGCCCUCGGCGCCUUCAGCUUCGACAGCCCCUCGACCGCCGCGGCCAUGGGUGCCUUGGGCAUCGGAUCGGCCUUCGACAUGGGCCUCGACAACGUCGCCGUCGCCGGCCUCGACGGCCUCGGCGCCGCCCUGGCGAGCGAGGACGACAAGCUGAAGCGGCUCGACACCAUCCUGAAGCUGCUGGCCGGAAAGAAGGGCUUCGUCAGCGAAGCCGGCCUCGAGCGGCUCGCCCAGCACAUCGGACUCGAACUCCUCGCCGAGGAGCAGACGACGCCCGGCGGCCGCAAGACGCGCACCCUCGCCAUUGCCGGAUCCGCCAUCGCCCUCGACAUCGUCCUCGACAACAACAUCGUUCUCGGCACCGCCCUGGCCUACCACGGAUCCGCCCCUGCCGUGGCGAGACACAUGGACGCCGCCGGCCGCAUCCUUCUGCGGGAUCUGCAGCUGCUCCCCGGCCAGAGCCCCCUGACCAAGACGCUCGCCAGCUUCGCCUCCAACUUUGAGCGGUUGGCCCUCUUGGACAAGCUGAGCAUCGCGCCGGGCCUCGACUGCCACGAAGCCCUGGCCGGCAUCUACGUCAGCUUGGAACGGCUCCAUCGCUGGGACCUGUCCCGGCUGCGAGAGGACCCGAGUCUGGCGGGAAAGUCGGACGCGUAUCUAUCCGCCACGGCCAUGUGCACCCGCCACGGCUUGCCCGCCAUGCACGCCCGGGGCAAGGUCGGACUGGCCGUGCAGUACUGGAAGGAACUGCGCUUCGUGCCGCCCCCGACCGAGGCCCUGGCUGGCUACGCCGAGAAGCGCGAGAAGGUCUGGUCCCUUCUUCUCGGCUGCGCCGCCAUCAACGGCGUCGGUCUCCCGCCCGUGAGGGUAUCGGAGAGCUGGAUCUCCGACAAGGUUGUCAAGGAUGACCCGUCCCUGCCGCCCGGCGGCUUCUGCCUCGACUGGCAGGAGCCCGAGAACAUUUCCCUGCCGCAGUCGGAGGAGAACAAGGACAGCGGCAUGGACAUGCUCCACCCCGAUCUCUCGACCACCAGGGUGCCCCGCGUCAUGUUCACCGUCACCUUUGACCCUCCCGUCGUGCUGCCGCAGAACGAAUGGUCCCGCCUGCACAUGCUCGCCAACGUCGAUCCGCCGAGUCUCGAGCUGAACAGCGGCGGCAGCCCGCCCACCUUUGACGCCCUGCUCUUCCCCCACAACCCGGCGGAGGAAGGAGAGCAGAGAGAGCCACGGAUGGUCUCCCGCCGGCGAGAUGUUGUCGUCUUUGGUCAGGACCUUGGUCAAGGCCCGGAGCCCGUGACGAAGCAGCACAGGAACACGCUCUACGUGUACAAGCCGAUAUACGCACAGGUCUUGUCGGACAUGGCCUUUUCCCACCCCCGACAGCUCAUCGACAUGAUGCCUGUUCUCAGGCAGUAUUCCUUCCUGUCCGUCCUUCUCGAGAACAGCUUCGGGGCCAAGACUCGACGAGCCUCGACGAGCCCGGCGGCUGGGGGCAAGACGGCGGACGGUCCCUCGUCGAGGGUGACGACGGUGGAGCAUCAGCUUGGGAACUUUGUGGCGUCCGACGAGACUGCCGAGGAGGCGACCGACAGCACGUUGCUGAGCAUCAUCCUCUGGGUCCAUCCGGCGCCCCAUCUCCAGGUGGUGUUCCCCAUGGGAGAGGCGACGGCAAACGUAACCAUCAAGAUCCUCGAAGGUGGCAUCGUCGAGAUUGUCGACGAGAACAUCACGGGGUGCCGCAAGGCAGACGGGAAAGAGUUUACGCGCCUCACCCUGGCGAGCGCGCUGGAGCACUUGGAAGACCUCGGUCGGUGGGUUGAAUGGAUCCGGACGCGGUUGGCGGCUUGA